AGGCUCCCAUGGUGAGUAGCGGGGACUCGGGAGCUGGCAGCGCAGCGAAGUUCCCGGGGCCGGGCUGUGAGCGGCCGAGAGCGGGUCCAUGGGCCGAGUCCUGCCGCGCUGAGGGGGCGGCGAUGGCCCUGGCGCUGCGCCUGCUGCUGCUGGGGGCUGUAGCCCUGCAGGGGGGCCACUCCCAUUUAUCUCCAGACUUCUCCUUGUCCAGAUCUAUUCCACCCCCAACAAUCUUCUAUUCAUUGGACUUUUUGAAACUUUUCACUUUUAGAGAGAGGCCUGCACUCCAGGCGCAUGUUCCACACGGUGGUGUCAGAGCCCGGCCCGGGGCUGCCCUGGUACAGCCGUGUUGCGUACGUGGAUGAUCAGGUGAUCUUUAACUACACCAGCGGGAUGCAGAGGGUGGAGCCCUGCACAGCGUGGAUGGCGCAGAACGAGGGCCCAGAGUUCUGGGACCUUCAGAACUUUUGGGCACGGCGCUGGGAGGCCUGGUUCAACACGAGUCUGAACACCCUGCGUGAGCUCUACAACCACAGUGAGGGGUUUCACAUUAUCCAGAUGAAAUAUGGCUGUGAUCUCCGGGAAGACAACACCACUUGGGGGUUUUACCAGGAUUCCUAUGACGGACGAGACUUUCUUACCUUCGAUAAGGAGACCAUGACUUGGGUAGCAGCAGAUAUUGGGGCUCAGAUCACCAAGAGGAGAUGGGAUGCUGAAGUAUUUGACAACCAGUGGUGGAAACACUACCUGGAAGAGGAAUGUAUUUCCUGGCUAAGGAGUUCUCUAGAGUAUGGGAAGGAGACUCUACAGAGGAAAGUGUGCCCAACUGCUAGAGUGAGUUACAGGUCAUCUCAUGAUGGCCUCAGCACCCUCUCUUGUAAGGUCAGUGGGUUCUACCCCCGGGACAUCACCGUGACCUGGCUGAAAAAUGGGGAGAGCAGACAGCAAGAGACCUACUCUGAAGGCAUCCUACCCAGUGGGGAUGGGACCUACCAGACCUGGUUGACAAUGGAGAUUGAUCCCAAGAUCAACGCCCAUUAUUCAUGUCACGUGGAGCAUGAAAGCCUGUUAGAGCCACUCUCUGUCUCCUGGGCACCAAAUAACAAUCUGAUUCCCAUUGUGGCUGGAGUUAUCACUGCAGUUGUCCUGAUUGGUGUUAUAAUCGGAGUAGUCGUUUGGAAAAAGAAAUGCCCAGGGAAGAAGGGAGACGGUUACACUGUAGCUCAGGGCUGCUGCAGCGCUGGCUUGCAGACUCUCACUGAACACGUCAUCCCGAGUCCUCUUCUUCCUCCUUGUUGUCUGGCUCAGGCAUUCCACUGGUGCAGUGGUGGGGUCCCCUCCAGGCUGCAACGCCAGCAGCUGCAGAUGAACCAGAGGUAUUAUUGUAAGAAGUUGUGCUGCAGUAUGAUUAAAAUAUGACCAUGUAUAUCAUUGUUGCUAAGACUGUUAUAUAAUUACAACAAAUCUUAUACGAAGUAUGCCAUGUAAGGUAUCAAUGGAAAAGUUACAAUCUAUCAAACAUGAUUAUUCUGUUUGUAUGCAUGUAUCAUCUUUGUAUCUGAAGUUAUGAAUAUUGACUAUGUGCCAGUAUUUCAAAUAAAAAAUGAGGAGUUGAGAAAUGUGGUUUCUCCUGGGUAACACCCACCAGGAAGUUUACAUCCAGCCUAGCCGGCACAUUGUGAAUGGACCAUUCAAGUUGAUGGCCCAUUAACGAACACAAUGGGCCGUAGAAGAAGCUUAUCCUCAACUAAUGGGCCUUCCCGGGGAUUUUUUAGCCAGAGAAUGGGUAAUGGCUGGUCCUAUGACUCGUUGACUCAUGCAAGCACAUGUGACUAGCUCAUGUGACCCUGGACUCCAUCUUGUGUCUGCAAUUCCACAAAUUGAGAGCAGCCCCACCCCAUGGAUGAAGAUAUAAAAAUCCCUGGAAGCAUCUCCAUUUUGCCUCUUUCUUGCUCUGAUCUCUGGACUAUGAACUUACACUAAAAGGAGCAUUUCAAUCAAUGGACUGAGGAUCUUCCGAUCUUUUGGAAGUUACCGGAGACUUUAUAAGCCAGCAAUUUAUUCCAUCAUUGCUACAAAUCUGAUCCAAGAACUUUGCAAUGAGUGCGUGUGUUUGUUUUCCUGGACCAUUUUGACUUGCUCCUCUUUGUUUAGAUAUCGGAUACUAAAGGAUUGGCAACAGUGUGA